GACGCGCCUUCGUUCCUCCCGAACUGCACUCUGAAUUCGUCUCGCAGGGACCCCCUUCUGCCAACUUUGGUUGCAACCCGCAACGGUGUGAAGUGAGUUUCCUCUUCGAAGGAAAGGACAGAGCGUCUUUGGGCCACUCGACCGGUCAACCCUCAAGUCCCAACGUCCGAUAGACGAAACUCCGCCUCAGCAAAGAUGUCCGCCAUGCCUGUUCUGAUGCCUGUUCGCCUCGCACGGCGCGGACAAACCCUUUCCCAUCACCUCCAACCCCGACCCCGACCUGCCCACCACCCACCAGCCGCCCGUCCUUUCUUCUCCCUUCCCAAUAUUCUCCCUUCGGCCCCGACACCACCCAAAAGCCAUCAGCAAAGGCAUAUCCUCCCCUACUCGCCACACCAACUGUACGAAAUCGUCGCCGAUGUCGACAAAUAUAGCGAGUUUGUGCCAUGGUGCAAUAACAGCACCGUGUUGAGUAGUAGGGAGAGUGGAGAAGGGAAGGUGAUGAGGGCCGAGUUGGGGGUCGGAUUUGGAGCUAUGAGUGAGCGGUAUACAAGUCUGGUGGAGUGCCAAACGGGGAGGAGCGUGACUGUAAGUUCAGGUUUGUUAGGUGAGGAAGGUCUCCGGAGUUCUCAUCGUCAACUCCUGCUUGCGCUUCUACAGGCAACAGCUCAAAAAUCGACGCUAUUCAAGCAUCUUGUAACAACAUGGAACUUCAGUCCUGUACGUCCAGCACCACCUUCUAAUACAACUGGCGGGGGGACAUCGCCGUACGACACAUCUCCAUGCGCGGUAGAUUUUUCGAUAUCUUUCCAAUUCGCCAACCCGUUGUACGCACAGCUUUCCAACGUCUUCUUUACCGAAGUCAGCAAGAGCAUGGUUGGCGCGUUCGAAAAGCGGGCCGCGGAGGUCUAUGGGCCUGCUGGUGGGAGUGGAAGAAUCGUCAAUGGACGCGAAACGGGACUUGGAUAGAGUAGCUAGCUUGGGAGUACAUAACGAAUGGGAGGAGAGUAGCAUUGCAACUUAUGGCGUACGAGACA